GAGAUGUGCCAUGAGUACCCAACGGCUCUGUCCCCUGCUACGCAUGUACCGCCUCCCUGUCACAGACCCAAAAUUCAGUUCCGGUUGGAUGGGACCUCUGGAGACCGCCUGGUCCAUCACCCCACUCACAGCAAGGGCCACCCUGCAUGGGGUUUCCCAGGGAAAGCCAUUCUCAAAAGCAGCCUGCAAGCUGCCUGUCUCGUCCUGGGUUGUAUGAUUUUUCCUGAUGGCUGGGAUUCAGAUGAGGUAAAACGGAUGUGUGGUGAAAAGACAGACAAGUACACGCUGGGGGCUUGUUCAGUCCGCUGGGCAUAUAUCCUGGCAAUUAUUGGAAUCUUGGAUGCCCUGAUCCUCUCAUUUCUGGCAUUUGUGCUUGGCAACAGACAAGACAGCUUGCUAGCAGAGGAGCUCAAGUUGGAAAACAAAG